AUGGCGGCGGAGGUUGGCCGCGCGGGGGGCGCUCCUGGCGGCGGAACUGGGGAGGCUCCGGCGGAGCGGGAGAGGGCGCUGAUUCACGUGGCGGCGCCGCCCGCGAGUCUCAAGGAGAAAAUCGAGGAGUGGUGGGAGCAGAUUGGGCGCGAGCAGCACCAGGCGCGGCGGGAGGGGAAGUGGGGCGGAGGGGAGAGGGCGGCGGAAGGGGGAAGGGCGGAAGCGGGAAGGGCGGAAGGGGGAAGGGCGGAAGGUGAGGCGGAGAGGGAGAGGGCGCGGAGGGUGACUGCAGACGAGGUGACUGAAAAGAAGCUGGUUGCCGUGAGCCAGGUGCUGGCGCUGCUGCCGAUUUCGCUCUUCCCUAAAGUCACAUCGGUGCACGAGGUGACGGCCAACACGACGCUGUACGAUGCCAUCAAGCUGCUGUCUCGCCACAACCUCACCACUGUACCCGUUAGAAGCAUUGCUGGAGAGGCUGCAGGGCGGGCCCGGGGCAGGGGCGGGGCAACUGACGUUGAAAUGACUGAAUCAGAGCAACAAGAGGGAGGGGAGGGAGAAGGAGCAACGGGGGUGGUGGAAGAGCCAGCAGAGGGAGGAGGGGAGAUGGAGGAGGAGGAAACAUUGGAGGAGGUGGAGGUGGAGGAGUGGGAGCCUCAGUACUUGGGCAUGAUGGAUUUGGCAGGCGCGGUUAUCCUCUGGGUCUUUGCCAAUCUCGAAGCAUCUUCGAUCGGCUACGCCACGGCGUCGACCCUCGCUGCCUCCCUUGUCGGCUCCUUCGUCGCAGCAGCCGGGACAGCCGCGCUCGGAGCUUCGGCCGGACCUGUGUCAGCCGCGGCAGCCGCCGGAGCUGCAGCCUCGGGAGCCCUGGGCGCCCAGGCCUCCACUGGGGAAGGAGCACCUGGGGAAUCAGCAGGAGCCAUGGCUUCAUCCCCUCGCACCGGCCGAUUCUUUUUCGAGGAGCUUCUCAAGAAUGAGGCGUUCCACACCACGCGGGUUGCGGAUCUAGCCGGAUCGUUCCGCUGGUCGCCGUUUGUGUAUCUCAAGCCGUCCGACACGCUUCUCACGCUCUUCCUCCUCAUGUCCAAGUAUGCCAUCCGCUCCGUGCCAGUGCUGCCGCCCGGCCCCGAGUCGGCAAUCUCGACGGUGGAAGACGAUGCAGCAGUGACAGAGCCCUUUCGGCUGAUGAUGGAGCACGACAUAGGAGGGGUGCCCGUGGUGGCCAAGGGAAGCAACCGCCUCAUCGCCAACAUCAGUGCGCGGGACAUUCUGCACCUCGUGGGUUCGCCCGAGAUUUUCAAGCGGCGCCAGGAGCAGUCGUUCACUGUGCGAGACUUCAUAGCAGCAGCAAACGAGCCUAUCUCAUCAGCCACGGAGGUCAUCUGGCCGGUCAUGACCCCCCCCAUCACCUGUUCCCCCGCCACGCCUCUCCGCAACGUGCUCCAUGCUCUCAACCGCACCCACAUUCAUCGCAUCUAUGUCACCUCCUCACCUGCUUCUGCUUCUACGAGCGCUGCUGCUGCUGCUGCACCUGCUGCUGAUGUGGCUGGUGGUGCUGGUGCUGCUGGUGCUGCUGGUGCUGCUGGGGGUGCUGGUGCUGCUGGGGGUGCUGGUGCUGCUGGUGCUGCUGGUGCUGCUGGUGCUGCUGGUGCUGCUGGUGCUGCUGGUGCUGCUGGGGGUGCUGGUGCUGCUGGGGGUGCUGGUGCUGCUGGGGGUGCUGGUGCUGCUGGGGGUGCUGGUGCUGCUGGGGGUGCUGGUGCUGCUGGGGGUGCUGGUGCUGCUGGGGGUGCUGGUGCUGCUGGGGGUGCUGGUGCUGCUGGGGGUGCUGGUGCUGCUGGGGGUGCUGGUGCUGCUGGGGGUGCUGGUGCUGCUGGGGGUGCUGGUGCUGCUGGGGGUGCUGGUGCUGCUGGGGGUGCUGGUGCUGCUGGGGGUGCUGGUGCUGCUGGUGGUGCUGGUGCUGCUGGUGCUGCUGGUGCUGCUGGGGGUGCUGGUGCUGCUGGGGGUGCUGGUGCUGCUGGGGGUGCUGGUGGUGCUGGUGCUGUUAGCGCUGGGCAGCAGGAGGUGGGGGGGAAGGAGUUCGGAGGGGUGGAGAGGUCGAGAAGCGAGGGGCAGCAGGAGGUGAUGGGGUUGGUGACUUUGCGGGACGACAUCAUUGGAUAG